AUGAAUAGUUAUAUAAAAGACACCAAUCAUACAAUUAUGAUCACAAGAAUCUCCAAACCCCACAAGUCAGAUUCCACAAUGGAUAUUACAACAUCUACUCUUAAUAAAAGUGACAUUCUUUCAGUUGAAUUAGAGUCUCCUUCCGUCUCAGAGACUCCUCCUCCCAAGACACCAUUAGUAAAUGAUAAAAAGGUGUAUUUGUUAGGUGUAAGCCCGAAUGUGAAAGUCUCAGUUGAUUCAUCGCACUACGUAUCUGCACCAGAUACAGCUCAGUUAUUACUUUCUAUAGGGGAGAAGAAGGCUCGUUAUCCAUUUAUAAAGAUGUUUUCCCUUUCAUUAUGUGCUGGUUUACUCUUAGGUAUUGGUGGGUUGUUCUCCAUAAUUAUUGGAAAAGCAGUUCCUUCCUUAGACGUUGGUCUUCAAAAAGUCCUCUUUGGCUUUUUCUUCAGUCUAGGCCUGAACGUAGUCGUCUUUUCUGGUUCAGAACUUUUCACCUCAAAUUGUGCGUUUCUCGUCCCUUCAUUCAUCGAAGGGAAAUACCCAAAGUGGCUAAUGAUCAAGUCUCAUAUAAUAGUUUAUAUCGGCAAUUUCAUUGGGAUUGUCUUCGUGUCCGUUUACUUCGGCAAGUUACUUGGGACAUUUGACAGUGAGUUAUACACCACUGAAAUUCAAAAAUUUACUGAGAAGAAAGUCUCGUUGCCUUUUUUUAAAGCUUUUUUAAGUGGCAUCGGAUGUAACGCAAUCGUCUGUCUUGGCGUUUUCUUCUCCAAUUCCGCUAAAGAUGUGAUUGGGAAAGUAGCUAUACUAUCAUUUAUGGUUACCGCUUUCGUCGCAAUCGGUUUCGAACAUUCUAUCGCAAAUAUGUUCUUUUUAUCUUUAGGUGAAAUGUAUGGCGCAAACUAUACUUCAGUACAUUGGAUUUUUUUUAAUCUUUUACCGGUCACUUUGGGAAAUUUCGUCGGUGGGACUUUCCUCGUGGGGGUGCCCAUUUGGUUCAUGCACUUCGCUAAUAUCUAUGAGAUUCCUUUUCUUGAUCCCAAAAAGGAUAAAAGCUAUUAG